GGAGAGAGACAGACAGACAGACGAGUGUUAUGGAUGGUUGCCCCCAUUCAGGGUUUGUUCAGUUACGACAGUUCCUCAAUUCAAGGCAGCAGACAGCGAGCGAACUGUGUAUUUGUGCUAGAGAGGUUCUAUGGGGGCGUGCGUCUCGGCGGACUGUCAUCUGGGCUGUGUUCACGAGAGGAGAUGGCUGUUCUGUCUUUCCAAGCAGGUUUGCCGGGCCAUUUUUGGUGAGAUGUUUGUGCAGGAGAAGCAUAGGAAGAAAGACAGGUUUUGGUGUUUGAAUGCAGCAAUGUGACUCAUGGCUUUCUACAGUGCAGUGCGGAGAGACCAGAUACCCUGAGGUGUGUUGUCUGUCUGCAUUUGUCGAAAAUGAACAAGGGAGGGAGCUGCACAAAUAUCAGACAGCCAGGCACCAUGCAGGGGGAACCCUCCCCUCAUCCCUGAGUGCUGAUAUUUCAGGACUGGAGCCUGAGUGUGUCAUAUCAGAUAGUGUCAGACUGCAUCCAGAAGGGGGGAUGAUAAGAGCUUCCUGAAAGUAGCCUUUGAGAAACCCUGUGGAACAUUUUCCUCUAAUAGCCAUUUGCAAGCAGUGUCAGACAGGGUUGGUUAUUGACCUUCUCAACGGUAGUUUCUUCAGACCAAACUCAGUGGUUUUAGCGAAGAGCCAGAAUGGAGUGGUCACUAGAGAGGGUGAGGGAGAUGGUGGCUGGAGGGAUGCAGUCUAUAAGGGACUGUGAGUCCAGUGCCUUUGGCACAGCCAUAUGCCUGCUGCUGCUCUUUGUGUGGUACUGUUACAGGGUAGGUCGUGAGCACAGCUCCUCUCCCCUGCGUGGGGGGUACAGCACUGAGCCCAGUCGAGUAGGAGGGGGUGGGGGGGCCUUGAUCAGCACAGAUGGGGAUGGUAGGGCUAAAGGCAGGCCGGUGUCAGUGGUGGAGGAGCAGAACGGCUUUGCUUACUGCCAGUCCGCUGAGUCCUUUCGCUGCACCAACACAGGGGACGGUCUCAAUCAGAAGCUGUACCACAGCCUGCAAGAUUAUGCCAAACGCUACACCUGGUCGGGCAUGGGCAGGGUACACAAAGGGGUACGAGACCAGGGUCGCUACCUUACCAGCCGGCCCACCAUCCAGAGGCCAGAGGUGUUCUUCCUCCCUGACCUGCCCUCAGCACCCUUCUUCUCCCGGGACGCACAGAAGCAUGACGUGGAGCUGCUGGAGAGGAGCUUCCCUGCUCUGCUGGCUGAGUUUGAGAGCAUCUACCACUCCCCCCCAGCAAGGGCUGGCUCCUCCCUUCCUUUGGGCUGGAAGUCCAACAGCACCCCCCAUGGUCAGUGGUGGACCUUCUACUUGUUGAACCAGGGCACUCCGCUGGCCCUGAAUGCCAGGAGGUGCCCCCGGGCCUGGAGGGUGCUGGGUCAGCUGCGCACCUUUAUCGCCAACAACGUGUUUGGAAAUGCCUGCUUCUCUGUGCUGACCCCGGGAGCCCUGAUCACUGAGCAUUAUGGCCCAACCAACGUCAGGCUGCGCUGCCACCUGGGUCUUAGAGUGCCCUCUUCCUGUGAGCUGGUGGUUGGCGGGGAGCCACAGUGCUGGUCUGAGGGGAGCUGUCUGCUGUUUGAUGACUCCUUCCUCCACAGGGCCUUCCAUGAGGGUGGCCCAGAGGACGGCCCCAGGGUGGUCUUCAUGGUGGACCUCUGGCACCCUAAUGUGGCAGCUGCUGAGAGACAGGCUCUGGACUACAUCUUCACCCCUGGGCGUUGAGAAGACAAGGAGUUUGUCGGGGGGGUGAAGAGAAACAGAGCUACAGAGAGAAAAACAGAGGUAAAGGGCAACGGAGAGAAUGUCUUUCAAAAUUUGGUGAAAAAAGUAGAGAAGAACAGUGCGAGUGGGGCGGGAGGGAGCAUUUCUCUUGUCCCGUUCCCACACUCACUGUGUACAUAUUCUCUGUCUUGUUCGAAUCUGCUUUCUCCCUGUAACUCUUAGCACCUGCUGACUUUGACCAAACAGCCAUAAUGUAAAAUGUUAUAUUUGAAUGUUUACAGCCCCAAUCCUUAUCUCUGUGAUUAUCCCUGCCCAUGUGUGAUACUUUACUGUGCUCUCCUUUAGAAAUCAAUACAGCUUUCACAAAAACAUGGUUGGAUAAGCACAUAGAAACAUUUUUUUGAGGUCAAAUGAUUUGCUUGAAACAGUCUGUGUUGUUGCUACACAGACAAAAGGCUUGCAUUUGGUAAAUUAUCUAAUUGAUUAAUGGUUGUAAUAUGGUUGUAUUUGAUAUCUUUGUAUUUCUGUAAAUAGAGUUGGAGUACAAAACAUAUCAGAGGUUUUGAAAUAUAAUUGUCUUACAAUCAAUAGUUAAGUUAUUGUGUGGUCUUAAUAUACUGGUACUGUAAUGUCAUCUUCUCUUCUGAGCAUUUGUCAUUUUGAUACAUUCAGUUUUAGAUAUCUGAAAUGUUUGGCUAUUGUUCAGUGACAUUUUAUAUAAUGCUGUGAUUUUUUUCAGCUGUAUAUCAAAUUUAUGGUGAUAUUCUACCCCAAUAGAUUCAUAUUUGUGGCAUUUGUACUCAUUUUGAACAGUAUUUAAUAAAUGGCAAAUUAUCUGA